AUGUUGUUGUGGACUGUCAGUGAUUAUCCUGGAUUAGGAACAUUGGCUGGGUGUAAAGUCAAAGGGAAACAAGCGUGUACUGUCUGUGGAAAGGACACACCCUUUGGAUGGUUGAAGUUUAGUAGAAAGCACGUGUAUUUGGGCAACAGAAAGCGGCUGAGACCUGAGCAUCCUUACAGACGCAGAAGAAAAUGGUUUGACAACACAGUUGAGGAAGGGACUGUGUCUAGAAUUCAAAGUGGAUCAGAUAUUUUUGAGACACUGAAGGAUUUCAGAAAUCAUUUUGGGAAACCGUUGGAGAAGAAUGGGAAAAGGAAAAGAAAAGUUCAGUGUGAAGAUGAAGUUAUUUCAGAGGAUGACGAAUACGAAGAAGACACAGAUCAUUGGAGAUGGAAGAAAAGGUCCAUCGUCUUUGAUUUACCUUACUGGAAGGAAAUGCCGGUUCGUCACAACAUUGAUGUCAUGCACGUGGAGAAGAAUGUCUCUGAUGCUAUCAUAUCUAUUAUGAUGCAAAAUUCUAAGUCAAAAGAUGGUGUCAAAUCAAGAAAGGAUCUGGAAGAUAUGGGGAUUCGAAAGAACUUACAUGUUGAGCUCAAUGGGAAGAGAACAUACUUACCUCAUGCUGCUAAUUGGCUGAAGAAAGAUGAAAAAAAAAGAUUCUGCAAGAGACUAAGUCUAUUUAGAGGACCAGAUGGAUAUUCUGCGAACAUUGCCAGUUGUUUCUCUGUCGAACCACCCACAAUCGGCGGAUUGAAGUCUCACGAUCAUGACGUGCUUCUGCAAAACCUUCUACCAGUGGGGUUGAGAGGAUUACUCCCAGAUGGUCCAGGGAUUGCAGUUACAAGGCUGUGCAGCUUCUUUAACAGACUCUGUCAGAGAGUUCUGGACCCUGAGAAGCUAAUAUCUUUGGAGACUGAGCUUGUGGAGACAAUGUGCGAAAUGGAGAGGUAUUUUCCACCAGCUUUGUUUGACAUCAUGUUUCACCUACCCUUACAUCUGGCAAGGGAGGCUCGUUUGGGUGGACCGGUACAUUUUAGAUGGAUGUAUCCAUUUGAAAGGUACAUGAAGACUCUUAAGGCAUUUGUUAAGAACUAUGCAAGGCCAGAAGCUUGUAUGGCUGAAGGAUAUUUAGCUGGAGAGUGUAUAGCAUUCUGCUUAGAGUUUCUUCAGAAUUCUGUACCGGUUCAAGAGAAAAUACACAGCAAUAAAGAUGUUGAGACGUAUGAUCUGAUACUCAAGGGCUGGCCAUUGCAGAAGGCUACUCAAUUUACCCUUACUGAUAAAGAGCGAGACAUAGCCCAUCGAUAUGUUUUGAUGAACAUGGCAGUGAUGAAUCCAUAUGUUGAUAUGCAUUUAGAAGAAUUACAACUUAAUGAUGCAAGGUGUCAAAGAAAUGAAACAAUUCUAUGGCAAGUUCAUGCAGAGAAGUUCGCACAAUGGGUAAAAGAAAAGAUUCCUCCCAACUCUGAAGGUCAUUCUAAAAAGCUGAGAUGGUUGACUUUUGGACCAAGACAUACAGCUCAAACAUUUAAAGGAUAUAUCAUCAAUGGACAUCGGUUUCAGACUGACGAUGUUAUGCGAAAGACUCAGAACAGUGGAGUUACAUAUGAAGCCUUUAGCAUGUGCAGAUCCAGUGCCCGAGAUACUGCACAUAAGGCGGACGUGGUUACAUUCUACGGAGUUAUUGAAGAGAUCAUACUACUCGACUACCAUAUGUUUCAGAUUCCACUCUUCAAGUGCAAGUGGGCGAACAAAGGACACGGUGUGAAAGAAGAGCAAGGAUUUACACUGGUUAACCUCCAAGUGAACCAGGCUCCAUAUAUCCAUGAUCCUUAUAUUAUGGCAUCCCAAGCAAAACAAAUCUUCUAUGCUAAAGAAGAUGAUUCCUCACCUUGGUCCGUUGUUAUGAGAGCACCACCUAGAGGGUAUCAUGAGCUAGAGUCAGAAGAGGAGUUCGUUGCCGCCCCCUUGACAAUUCCAGAAAUUGAUGAUUAUGGGAACCAGUCAUCUGAUGACGAAAGUUUCUGCUUUAGAGAUGACUGCAAAGAAGUCUUAGUAGUCGAAUAA